UUGUAAAAAUGCUAAUGAUGGGAAUUGAAGGAAAAAAUAUUUCAGUUUUUAUAGCAUCUGAUACGAAUGAAGGUCGUGAUGAGUUAGAAAGAUUACUUAAUUCUGGUCAAUAUAUUAACAACAAUACAAUUAAUGUCGUUUAUGUAAAAAAUGAUAUGAGAAUUCAUAAUCCCAUGACUUUUAACCCUGGUACUGAAGCAAAUGCUCUUAUCGAUAUGAAGAUUCUUAGCUUUUGUGAUGAUCUGGCGAUUACCUAUGGUUCUUCAUUUGGAUUUAUUGCUGCUGGUUGGUCUUAUACUGCUGUUACACGUCAAAGAGGUCCAUUUGUUCUAAUGCCUGUAGAAAAAUCUCCUACUAGAUAUUUUACAGCUGAAGAUAAAGUUUUGGUAUGGGGUGCUGGUUCAAGUGAACCAUGUAUGUACUUGAGUAAAUUGUUGAUUAGACAAGAGGAUAAAGAAAUUGUCGAUAUUUUUAAAACAAAUCCAUUAUGGUUACAUUACAGUCAAUGUCAUUGGCCUGUAUAG